UUUUGUUGGUCGCACGCGGAAGUGAAUAGAAAUAGUGAUUUCCUUUUCCUAAAUUUUCAAAAACAUCGGGAAAAACUUUGUUUGUUUACAAACAUAAUAUUUUUAAUUUUUACUUAGUAGUAUAUAUCUGUAUAGUAGCGUUUUCUCGUGCAGUGUCUUUUAACUAUGGAAGUGUUCGCUGAUAUAUUAAAUGUACGCUCUGUAAAAAUGGAAAAUACAGAUAAUGGAUAUGAAAAUGGAAUGGACGAGGCUCCUGGUGAGGAGUCGCCGGAUCCUUUAGCCAUGAUACCACAGUACGUCACCGAAAGUGAUCUAGGUUUAAUACAAUCUGGAACUGAAAUCCUGCAGACUCCAUUAGCAGUGUUUUCGGAUGUUGCAGAUGAAGAAGACACCAUGCAAAGCAAUGAUUCAAGUGAGGAGAUUGUGGUGCAGCUGAUGGAUAUUCGCACAAGGUUGUCGAAGCUACGUGCGAUGUUGGAGCGGCGGCUCGGAGCUGAUCUCUCCGACUACACCUUCUGGUUGCAAGAUGCUAAAAUGUUGGAGAACCAUAAGACGCUGGUUGAGCAGUGCAUUCGCGGCGAGGGUGUGGUGCAGGUCAACGUUCAAGUGCGUGCCGCAGACCGCAAGAUCAAUAUUCUGGACGUUCUAAAACCUGAUGAGGAGAUGGUGCAAAUCCCCAAUGACCUUGACACCCAAUACAUUGAACUGGAGGAACCUAUUGUAGAAGAAGCAGAAGCAGAGACAGAAGUGGAGACAGUGGCAGAAGAAGCUUUGAUAACAGAGGUGGAGUCGGACGAAACGUGUAUUCCCCACGCCGCCGCCGUCAAGUGGGUGGUAGACGCGCAGUUCAAAAGCGACCACCGAGUGAAGGUGCCCGACGACCCAGCGCAAUGGUCGGUACAGCACGUGAAGCUAUGGGUGGUGUGGGCGGUAAGACAGUUCAAUCUGGCCGGAGUUCGUCUCGCAGACUGGCAACUCACUGGGCCUGAACUCUGCGCGCUAACAAACGCACAAUUCAAGGAAAAAGUUCCAUCAGACCCUGGAGAUCUAUUCUGGACACAUUUCGAGUUGCUUCGCAAGUGUAAAUUUAUUGCUGUGGUGCAAAAUGACGAACCUAUGAAAGAUCAGCUAGAGGCGCCGCAGUCCGCAAUUAAGAGGAAACCCAAGCCGGUGAAUGCUGGCGUGCGUGGCGUGGAGGAGGCAGGGCCGAGUGUGACGUCACGCAACGGAAACAACGGGCAGGUGCAGCUGUGGCAAUUCCUCCUUGAACUGCUCACUAGUCCGCAACACUUCGACCUCAUACGAUGGCACGGGUCUGAAGGCGAAUUCAAGCUGCUAGAGCCGGAGCGGGUGGCGGCUUUGUGGGGUGCUCGCAAACACAAACCCGCCAUGAACUACGAGAAGUUAUCACGCGCCCUGCGAUACUACUAUGACGGGGACAUGAUCGCCAAAGUGGCCGGCAAGAGGUUCGUGUACAAAUUUGUUUGCGAUCUGAGGCAAUUACUUGGCUAUGGGGCAGGAGAAUUGGCGGAAUUGGUACAGGAAUUACAUGAGGAGCAAGGCACUCGAAGCAUACAGUUGCCCUAAUCAAAAAGAAUGUCAUAGGGUAAUGCUAUCGGGACAAGAAUAGAACUGUUUUACUGCUAUAUUGUGACGUAUUAGCAGUACGAUUUCGAAAAAUUUUACAUUUUUAUAAUUCGCCGUCAAGAAUAAAUGGUUGUACGAAACUGAGUGCGGAAAAAAAAAGAAUUUUAUAUUAAAUUAGUUCGCUUAGCGUUCUCAAAGUGAACUUGGUCUGUAAAUAUAAACAUCUUUCGAAACGCGUAGGGCAUAUAUGUUACUAACAACGACAAAUUGUAUAUUAUCAGUAAUUAAUUAUAAUUGCCAUACCUACUAUUGAGAGAUCGAGCAUAAUAAAAAAGGAACUGUGUGAUAUGUAUAUAAAUAAAAUUAAGUUACUAAGAGUAUUAUGAAUAAAUAUAGUUUAUCAAUGUUUUA